UUGAUCGAAAUAUGAAAUUUCCUAUCGUCUUUGUCGUAAUCGUCGCAGUCGCAAUGGCAUCAUCUGUUCAAGAAGAAACCAUCACAAACGAAUCCCAAGUUUCACCCGAGGGCUACACAUUCAACGUGGCAACAAAUAAUGGAUUUGAACAUAGUGCAGAAGGUAAAAUUGAAAAUGAGAACACAGAGCAUGGAAGUCUCGCUGUUCACGGACAUUUCAAAUAUGUUGGUGACGAUGGAGUGACCUACGAAGUCAGAUAUAUUGCCGAUGAGAACGGUUUCCAGCCCAUCGGUGCUCACAUUCCCCAACCUUUAGAUGAUUAGGUGUUGAAUAAAUUUACUAUAUUUCUUUCAUUAUUUUUGAAUUAACUAUGGGUAUAAUAACAUCGAGUAUGAUAACUACUCUAGUAAUGUUUUUUGUGCUAAAUUUUUUGACAACAAAAAUGUAUAUAUAGUUAUAUAAAGAUUAUUCAAGAAAA